AUGUCUUCUUCGAGUAAUAUAUCUCAAUCUGGAUAUUCACCAUCUGAACCCGAAACUCCUCAAAGUACAAAUCAAACAAGAAUUCAAAACUUCGAUCAACAUAGUGAUCUUGGUCACAGCUUUGAACAAUCAUUGAAGAAUGUACAUAAAGAAAUGCAUCAGAAGCGAAUUCAAUCUCUACGUAAAGAACUUGAUUAUUUAAAAUCCACAGAAUGGAAAUUUGAAUAUGAUAAGGGUUUUGUACAG